AGGAAACACGCUGUCUCUCUAAAGCAGCAGUAAAGAUAGAAACGCAUUUUUUAUUAGUUUAUAGAUCUGCUAACUCAUGGCUUCAGCUGCAGAAUGGUACGGGUUGGUUUAACGGGGAUACAGCCUCGCUCCAUCGUACUGGAGGCGACGCAUUUGCAUGCACUCCGGCUCGUGAUGCUGAGGGAGGCUGGAGCGCGACUGACAGCAGCUCGUGCGUCCGCCAGCGAACGUCUCGCCGUCUCCCCCGGAAACGCCGAGCAAAUAACUCAAAGGAUGUGAGCGCAGAAACGGCCACAUGCGCAUCUUCAAGAGGAGAAGAUGACAGUGCUUGUGGUUUGUGCCCUCCUGUGCCUAUCCUUCUGGGUCUCUUUCUACUUUAUCUUGUGUCACGUCAACGGCUCCAGGAGCUACGAGUGGAACUGCCGCCUUGUCACCUUGGCACAUGGCAUCGUGGCUAUCUGCAUCACAGCAUACAUAGGCUAUGUGGACGGACCCUGGCCUUUCACCCACCCAGGUACUAAGAACACCCCUCUGCAGAUAAGCGCCAUGCUGGUGAGCCUGGGCUACUUCAUUUUUGAUAUGGCCUGGUGCGUGUACUUCCGCACAGAGGGAGCCGUUAUGCUGGCCCACCACACCAUGAGCAUCCUGGGAAUCCUGUUGACCCUGUGGCUAGGAGAGUCGGGCAUCGAGUCGUGCGCGGUGCUCUUUGGCAGCGAGAUCACCAACCCACUCCUGCAGGCACGCUGGUUCCUCAAGCAGACGGGACGCUACGGGACGCGGCUGGGGGACGCGGUGGACGUCCUGUUCGUGCUGCUGUUUGUGCUGAUGCGAAUCUUCGUGGGAGGCACAAUGCUUUACUGUGAGCUGAUCUCCCCGAGACCCAGAUUCUUCAUCAAGUGUGGGGGAGUGGCCAUGUAUGCGCUGUCCUGGGUGUUUAUGGUGGACAUUGUUCGCUUUGCCAGACGGAAGAGCAAGAGCUGGCACAAGCAGCAGAGAAGGCAGCUGGAGACAGUAGCAGCUAAUGGCCUUGAAGGUAAAAAGGACUGAUGCACUGUUUCUCUAAAGGGAAUGGGUUUACAUGUUUUUUCUACUUGGGGUGUGCAAGCAAGGCACAAAUACAUAUUUUGUAUGCUCGACUGAGAUUAAAAAGGGAUGAUUGAUCGUCACCAUUUUCUAUGUGGAAAUAUUUCAUGACAUCUGUCGUGUUUGUGUUUUGAUCAUUGCACCCGAACACAUUAGUCAUUGUGUAAAAGGCACAGUUACCAAAAGCCACAGGUGUAGUUUAUCCCACUUAAAACCAAAGCACCUCCUGUAAUUACAUCAGCAGAGUUUGAUUUUGGUCGUAGUGAACUGUGGCCUGGACAUAUGUGGCGUUGCACCAGUGGGACGCUCACUGUUAGGCAAGAUAGGAAACUUCCUUGUGAAACAUUUUUAGCCCUUGUAAUCCUUGAGAGUUCUGCAGUCAUUUUGUGGUGACUUUGAUAGAAUAAAUGUGUGUAUGAUGUGUUUGAUGAGUUUAUGUGAUCUGGGUUAAUGUGACUCUCCUACGACUCAGUCUGCUGCUAGAGGAGCAUCUCCAUUACAAACUGGAGUUGUACAUCAUAAUAAUAUUAUUUUCCAAUUUAAUAUGUAUGUUUAAACUAUAGAUGUGUGCGGUUGAUUUCACAGCCUCUAAUUACUUUAGUUGAGCAGAGUACUGUUUCAUUCUCACAGGGAUCCAUGACCACGUCAUGUUGAAAUCAUUACAUCGUGAGCUCCCUGUGUACUUACAAAUCAGGUGUGUGGCACCUGAGUGAGUGCUUUUUAAUCCAGAGUGCUUGAAAUAGACAUGCUCAACCCUCACCAUUUCUAGCCUACUGUUAUGAACAAGGUUGCCUUUGGUUUGGACAAGAAUACAACCUGUGUAAUCCUGCAUGCAGGAGCAUGAAAGGCAAAGUCCUAAGAACACAACUAGGACCCUGGAAUUAAAGUUAAUAACAAUGUGUUACUUAUGGAUACUUUUGAUGUACAUUUAAUAUAUCCAUAUAUACUAACAUACACAAUAUUUCUUUCUUCUUUAAACAUUCAUUUGUGUCUGUUUUGUCUGCAUUUUAGUAUUUUUUUGCUUGUGUACAUUUGCCAGACUGAAAAUGUUACAAAAAUACUCUUCCUCGUUAUCUCACCUGUAUUGCCCACCACACAAGUGCAUUAUGGGAUACAGGCAGGUAAGUUGUCUGCAUAUCUAACUUUUUCAGAGGAAAGUUAGAGUUCCUCUGAAGAUAUUUGUGUGAUGCUACCAAAUAACCAGCUUUCCGAUUUAUAGGUCACACUUUAUCUGUGUUCCUAUCGACUGUGUCUUGUUAUUUUUGUGGUCGUAAAUUUCUGUCUUACUGUAUUGUGCAAAAAGUCCUGUCUAAUUUACAUUUGAUUGAAAUGUGUUCAUCCAUACACUGUUUACCCAGCUGCCACUGUUCAAAUCAUCAUCAUCAAGUAAUAGUGAGAGACAGUAAGAAAAUCUAACUGGUGUGUGCCUUAGUUAUUCGAAUGUAUUUUCCUGAUUUUGUGAUUGGCUUUUGUUUUGUAACGUGUUCCAAACCUUCCAAAAAGAACCAUUUUCAGUUUUGGGUGUCAUUGUCCAGGAUUUGUAAUCUAUUUUGUAAGUAAUUAUAUGCUGGCAAAAAAAAUAAAACUUUGGAAACACCAA